CUGUGGAGUGACAAGCUCUGCCCAGCUUAGCAACAGCACCGCGUCCUUAGUAACAGAAGAUUUGUUAUCCCAGUGGAGUAUGAAAAGCUGUUCGCUCGUCCUGAUGUGCCUGCAAUUAUAGCUGGAUACCUUUUGCCUCUACAUUUAGAGAAAGGCAAAUCAGCACAAAGUACUCAAGAGAGGAAAGUGACCCUCUGUAGAAAGGCCAAUGGCUUCAAUCAAAAACAUCCCUUAUGGAAUGAAUGCAAAUUAUGAGACUGUCAUAAAGAUCAUUGGGAGCAAAUAUGUUAGAUAUCUUGUAGAAAAACCUGAUAGCAAAGCAAAAGAUGGUAUUAAAGCUGAAACUCAAUCCGUGUUCAGAACAUUAUCACCAGAUCAUACAAGACAGAAACAUGGAAACCCUCCAGGUCUCAAUAAGCCUCCCUGUCAAGGGCUAAAUGACGAACAAAAGCACAAAGGUGAAAAGGAAGAACACAAGUCUCAACAAGCAAAAACACACAAUGGCCAAUUUAUGGAUACCAAAGGCUUAAAGCUUCCAAAUACACAUUGUGUCUCUGUUCCCUGUGGGGAUAAGUCUUCGUCCUACAUGCACACCCUUCAAAGGCCAUCUAUUGGAGACCAGACUUUAAGGCAACAUGAAAGCCAACAGGACGCCAUUCACAAACCAAUUGAGACAUAUGAAGAAAAUGAUUCUCUUCUGACAUUCCUCAGAAAGGAACUGGGACCAUAUUCUUUGAGGCUGACUACACUAGAAGAACUACAGGAAGCCUGUAAGGUUUUGGAUCCCAGAGUUUCAGGGCUGCUUCCUCAGACACAGCUGAGUCACCUUCUUCUAAAGCAUGAAAUCCCUCUGCAAUUACCAACAGUCAAACUCCUUUUCAAGACAUUUGCCACUGCAAAUGAACAAGAACUGGUGAAUUACGAAAAACUGGUCCAUUGUUUAACACUAGUGGCAGCAAGUAAAAUGCAACAUUCACAAGUCCUUGCAGAGAAGAGUCAAAAUUCAAAGAAUCACAGCGAAAGUUCUUGGACUCCAGAAUAUGUAUUCCAGGUCUUAAAGCAAAUACUGAAGGAGCAGAAGGAAGAACUUGACCUAGGAAAACUAAGUCUGAGUUUUCUGCAACAAGACGAAAGUUGCUCAGGUCUUUUUUCACAGUCUGAGACAAGGCUGAUUUGCAAAAAGCAUAAACUAACUCUGCCUCCUGGGAUUCUGGAAGCUUUGGUUAGCACCUAUGACAUUGGAAGAAGGGGCAGAAUACGAUGGAAAACAUUUGUGGAAUUUCUGAAGGAAGUUCAGGAUGGGAUAGAUCCUUCCAUGCUUGUUUACAGAAGAGGAAGAAAGGAAAAAAACAAAGAUGACCUUCAGAUGGAUAAAGGAGAGCAUAACCUUCUGACAGCUAAGUCUUGGAAGCAAGAAAAGUCUGGUGCACUUGAUUCUAGUGAUUCUGAGGAACACGAUGCCUGGAUAGACCGGUUCAGAAAACUGGAGAAAGCUCUUUAUUUGUCUGAUGUCAAAAACACAGGAAAGUUGAACAGGGAAAAAGCCAAACGCUUGAUCCAUAACUACAACCAAAUUUAUGAUCUGAGCCUCAGUCCACUGAAAAUUGAUAAAGCCUUUCAACAUUCCCGUCCGGGUCAAGACAUGCCUUUGGAACCUCUGCUGCAUUACUUAAAAGAACUGUAACCUGUACUUGUAACACAGUACUCAUGAGUGUAUUUGUCUUUUAUAUUAUGCUGUUCACUCAUUGACAUCCUGAAUGAUUCAGUAUCUGUAAAGCUUUCAUUGUUUGUUAAUUCUUUAUCAUGCACAUGCAUCCUUAUUGCAUUUUCUGAGAGAUUUCUAAUAAAGUUUUGGAUUUGAAAUUA